CUCGCCAUGACCGGACGGCGGGUGCAGCGUCGUGGGUGGUCUCAACACAAAAUGCGUGUGGUCCAGGCGCAAAGGCUUUGUUCGCAAGUGAAACAUUCUACAAGAAAACAAGCCUUGAGAGAAUAUUUGAACAACUUUUACAGAAAUUUAGAGAGUUAUGCUGAAAAUGUCGAAGAACUUACUAAGAAACAUUUAUAUCACCUCUUUGUUUUUGUUGUACCUGCCAAUGCACUUGGUGGGUACGCCCAAUCCGUCUAUACCGUCAGCAGUUUCCACAAAUGUAUCGGGGCAACUCAUUAAUACAAAUUUUGAAGCAAUUACGACUGAACCCGUCAGACAACCUUUAGGACAAACAAAGGGUAGAUAUCUGUCUGUUGAAGAUGGCAAAGGACUUCACUGUAGAAAACGUGCCAAGUGCGAGAAACUUAAUAAUAAUUCCUGUUUUGGCGUAAAGUUGCCUUAUUCAUCAACAACUCUGGAUCUGGUGGAUGACGUAACAUCUCAGGAGCAAGUGUUGGAAAAACUUUCAGCAUUGUCGGAGGGGCUGCGACAAAUACCAAAGUGCUGGGCUAUAAUUCAGCCGUUAUUGUGUUCUCUUUACAUGCCAAGAUGUGAAGAUGAAAUGGUUGAUUUACCUUCUCAGGAAAUGUGCAACAUGACAAUUUGGCCAUGUCGGACUCUCUUGCAAACCAAUAAUUGGCCUUCAUUUCCUAAAUGUGAAAACACAACUGUAUUCCCGCCAAAAUGCAGGAAUGACGUGAGGGAGUUGAAGUUUAACACCACUGGACAGUGCCAGACCCCUUUGGUCCAGACUGACAACUCCUUUGCAUUUUAUGAAGGCAUUGAAGGCUGUGGCAUCCAGUGCCAGAAUCCUUUGUUCACCAACCACGAGCAGCAGCAGUUAUACAAUGUCAUUGCGUAUGGAGGAUCUAUCUGCUUGGCUAUGAAUCUCUUCACUGCUAUAACCUUUUUGAUUGACUGGAGAUCUGCUAAUAAAUAUCCACCUUUAAUUAUAUUUUACAUUAAUUGCUGCUUUGCUGUCUCUUGUAUUGGUUGGUUAGCCCAGUUUAUGCCAAAUGCUAGGCAAGACAUAGUGUGUCGCAAAGAUGGAACACUCCGAAUGGCUGAACCAAGUGCUGUAGAAAAUUUGUCAUGUGUUAUAAUUUUUGUGUUGGUUUAUUACCCAAUAAUUGCUGCCCUGGUGUGGUUUGUAAUUCUUACUUAUGCUUGGCACAUAAGCUUUCAAUCUGUAGGGAAACUGAAUGACAGCAUUGAUAAAAAAGGAGUCUAUUUUCAUAUGGCAUCAUGGUCCAUUCCGUUAAUUUUGACAAUUACAACAAUGGCUCUUGGUGAAAUUGACGGCAGCAGUGUUGCAGGCAUUUGUUUUGUUGGCUACAUAAAUCAUGCUUAUCGUGUUGGAUUCUUAUGGGGACCAAUUCUAAUAGCUGUUCUUAUUAGUGGAUAUUUUAUUUUUAAAGUACUGUAUACUUUGAUAAUGCUGAAAAUAAGCAGCCAAGACAUAGUAUCAGAGCUUGCGACAUCAAAAAUUCAAAAAACAAUUGUGAGAAUUGCAGUAUUUUCAUUAUUUAUGUUGGUGCUGGGAAUUACAAGCUUCAUUUGCCACGUGUAUGAAUUUCUGAAUCACAGGCAGUGGAAAGACAGCUUCAGGAAACUUAUUAUAUGUAAGGUUACUGCAAGCAGUGGAUUGAGCAGCACGCAUAUGGACCCACGUCAGUGCCGGUUGGAUGCGAGACCUAGUGUAUCCGUGUUUCAACUGCACCUUCUUGUGUUCUUUUGUGCUGGUAUUGUUAUGUCUUCCUGGGUAUGGACAGGAUCGACUUUGCGAACAUGGAGGAGGUUUUUGAGGAGAAACAUAUGUAGCCAGAAGGAGGAGCCUGUUCGAAUGAAAAAACACAAAGCAAUCGCUCAGGCCUUUGCCAACUGGAAGACUUUUAAUAAUGAUGGACGACUCUCUAUUAGUUUUCAUAGUUCUCACGAAGAUCCUGUAGGGCUGAAUUUGGAUGUAAACAGCAUUGCGUCCUUAGAUUUCAGUUCCACCUGGGCUGCAGCUCUCCCCACUUUGAUGACUCGAAGAGGAGCUCUCAUUGGAGGAUCCGCCACCAGCACGAACACCUCCGCCUCCAGCCACCACGGCAACUCAUUGACUCAGAAUUAGUACCCGCAUUUUUCGACGGAAACUAAGAUUCUCAUCUCGGCGCACAUCAAUAGAUUCUCAAGUGUCAGUAAAGAUAUCAGCAGUGACGUCUACAAGGUCCGGAUGGCGGAAUAAGCCAAAGCGCCGCCGGAAGGAUUCUGGAAGGAAAUAUUGUUCACUCGUUAUGCCAUUCUCGCGGACCGAGAGCUCAACAUCUCAGGACAGUCAUUUUGGCCAGAUUUCCAACGCGUUGCCUUUCAACAUGCCACUUUUUCCAUCUCUGACACCCAGCAUACCAAAUAUACCCAACUUGUCACGUAGAACUGGAAUAACUGGUACAAAUGGAUUAAAUUUUCCUGUACCUUUUAUGUUUCCUGGCCACAGCUUAGACCUUAGUGAUGAUAGUAAUAAUGAAGCUCAAAAACCUGCUCAAGAGAUGACUGAAUUAAAGCAAAUAACCCACCAUCAUGAACCCAAAAAUAAAGACAAAGAAGAAGAAGAAGAAAUAGCUGCUGAGCCAAAAGAAGACGACUGCUUUUUACCAGAAGUUAUUCAGCUACCUGUGGAGAAAGAAACCUCACAGAAGAGUAUCCCUUCAGUCCGGAAUGAUAGUGGAUACAAAACAGGUGGUCAGGUGCGUGAAGGCAGUAGGAAAAGCAAAACUAGUGAAAAAAGCCAAAGUAGAAAUAGUGCUGAACAUAGAAGCAGCAAGCAAGCUAUCCAGAGGCCUGAGAACUCUGAGGAAAAGCUUAGUAGGAAUGCUGAAAGUGAAGGUAGAAGAAGUGGCCAUAAGCGAAAACUUGAAGAAAUUCAAAAUUACCAGUCAGAAGAUUCUGAAAUUGAAGAAGAUAAUAAGUGUACAAAAGAAUGCUCUCUACAAUGUUCCAAGGAUUUCUCUGUGGAUAUUACAGCCUUGUCAGAAUCAUCGUCAUUUUGCCCUGAACUCAUGCGACUAAUGGGCGCCAAUUCAGGGGCGUCAGUGUUUACUCAUCACACUCUCGGUGGCGGUCGAGUUCGUACCGUAGGAGUUGGGCCCCACUUUGAAUGUAGCGAUGUUGCAGUACAGGUUAGUCCGCAAGAAAUAGCGACCCAGACUUCAGCAAGCUUAGAAGAUCUAGAGGCAGAAGAACUCCUCACACAACCCAAAGCUCCACAAUUUGUAAGCCAAGGAGUGCAGGUUUCACCAUCACUUUUAGCACCAUCGAACCUUGAAAGACCAUUCAUGUAUAGUGCAGCACCUUACAACGAGAAAUUAAAUGUGCCUGGCUUUGAUUACCAGUACACCUUACAGAAACUGGUUGAGGAAUUGACCGAAGGGCAUGGUCGUUUGAAUUUUGUUCCAGUGCAAACCCAACAACGAAAUGCAGCUUUGAAACGAAAUGGUUACAGAAGUAGGAGUGCGGAAGACAAAAUAGAAGGAUAUUUUGUACCUGCAUAGUGAUGUAAAUUGUGUAAGACAAGAGUAAAAUUGUAUAUAUGUGAUUUUAUUAUUCGGUGCCAUCUUUUAUAGAAUUUAUACAGCAUUUAUUAUAAGGCAAUUCAAAUUGUGUUGUCAGCGACCAAAAAGAUUUUACCUAAGGCAGCUAAAUGUUUUUGGCAGCACCACACUUUCGUAACUUCAAUACUCUUUUAAGACUGAGUUCAUACAUCUUUGAUGUAGUGAGGUUACAAUGCCUUUAAAACGUAUAUUAUCUUUUAAGAUAUGCAUUUUGUGUAUAUAUUUUUGUGUAUCAAACAGAAUCAAGUACCUUAUACUUUAUAAAAUAGACUCAUAAAUGUAGUUUGUACAAAAGAAUAUGUGUAUCUUGUAUUGAAAUAUUUUUUACAGUAUUUAUGACUACUUAAAUGGGUGAGCAACUGUUAAAAAAUUGCCUUGCUGUGCAUCCUGCCAAGUUUUUAAAUACUCUUUUUAAUUAGCUUUGACAUGCAUCUGUCAUUUUAAUUUAUUGGGUUCAAUUGUGAAUGAGUUAUUUGCCUUUUUAAAUAUGCCUGUGAGAUUUUUUCUUUGUUUCCCUAUUUUUCAGGCCAACUUUUAUUUUUUAUAUGUAUUUAUUGACUUAUUUUUCAUAUUCUAUUUGCACUCUCAUCACAUUAUCUGUUGCAAAGUUGUUGCUCUUUAUUGAAUCUCAUGAGGAUAAACAAAAGAAGUGGUAAUUUCUAAUUGGAGUGUGUGUUGUUUUCAAGUUUAAUGUUUUAAUACUUAACUUCAAUACAUUUGAAGUUUACAAUUUGACCUCAUUUCUCUCCAUUUAUGAAACAGUGAAUCAAAUAUUUCUUAUUUCAUGUAUGAAAAAUAAUCCGAAGUAUACUCAAAAGUGAUUGUGGUACUUACACAAUCCUAUUUAUUCAAUCCGAAAUAUAUCAGCUAUGAGGAAACACUACAAAUCAUUCGCAAUAAUUUGCAAAUCAGUGUCAGGUAAUAUAAUAACACUGACAAAUAAUACCAUCCAGACUUUUUCAUGUAUACUUCUUUGACCCUCUGUUAAUUGGCUUUAGUGUCCAUACUUUAUUUUAUACAUGAAGUGAACUUUUCAUUUGAGGGACGGGACGGGACGGGACGAACGUUUUCUGAAUUUGAUUAUUUGCAAGAACAGUUGUACUUUAGAGUGUAGUUUAAUGCUGUAAUCUAGAAUGUAUGGCAAGUUAUCUAAGGUAGCUAUUCCAUUAUAUAAAGUGGAAUUUGGUAGAAUAAUAAUUUCUGAAGAGAACUUCUUGCAAAAUUGUAUAAGUAAAUUGUGCUACUUUCUGUCUUUGACUGAAAAAUGAAUGUAAA